AUGCAGACUACAAACAUCCCUCCAAACCGCCAACAAACUCCCUCUCCUCGAAGCUCCUCCAUAUCUCUGGCCGCUGCCGCCGUCACCAAUGCUGCAAAUGCAAAUGAGUCUAGAAGAUCUUCUUUGAGCAACAGAGGCUCUCCUCGCUUGGGUCGUAUGCCUAGCGAUCGCCGUCGGUCGCAGGUCGCCAUCAACCUCAACCUGAAUGACCCUACCAUUCCAAGCCCAGGCGAACUCUCCAGUAGCGAUCCGAGAAUCGGGUUCGGUCACAGCUACACCUCGGCCAGUCCGCCUACCAUCGGGGGGAGGGCCGCCAUCGCCACGGGUGAUCCGCACCAUCAGCGUCAACCCAGUCUCGGCGAGAUCCAUAAUGAGCUGGAACAGGAGCAAGAAGCACAAGUGAAUCGGAUGUUGCAGAUGAUCCGAGAACAACAGCUGCAACUUGACGCUCUCCGAAGUGGUCAGGGUCAGAACGGCCACCAUUCCCGACAUUCCUCACAGCCUAAUUCGGCCGUGGCAGGCAGCGGUACCGCCGUCGUCGACGACGAAACGCCUGCCUCCGAACGCUCGAUAACCUUUCCCUCAAUUCACCCCGCAGUCCCCGCGGUCCCUCCGCUCACAAGACGCAUCUCGCGUGGACCUUCUAGCGCAAGCCGUUCGCCAGCAUUGCGGCCUCUGCCCGCCCAGGAGUCGAGCAUUGGCAAUACUACUGCAAGUGGUGACUGGCCCCCGUCGCCACUCGAAUCAAUCACCACAGCACGGAGAAACAGUUUCCGCGACGAAACCGCCUUCUACCAGGCCGAAACCGCCAACUUGACUCGUGAAAACCAGAUGCUGAGGAUGCGCAUUCGCGAACUGGAAAAGCAGAUUAGUGAACUGACUGCCUCGCCCGCAAACACACCCGUCACCCCCUCGAAUUUGGUCACCAGUCCGCCGGUAAAUAGUCCACCCGUGGCGGCCGCUGAGGGAGAGGCCUCUGCUGCGGCCGGGGUGGCAAGGGUUUCCAUCGAGCCAGACAAGGCUUGA